GUACGUCUUGAGCGCGAGGUGUAUACACAACAAGGGGGAGAGAAUCACCGUUGACUACAAGAGCAGACGAAUACAAGGCUGUAAGAUACUUGUAAAGGCCAAAAGGAUACUUGCACAGGUCUCGAGCUUGACCUUCAAUUCCAGCUCCUAUCUUUGUUGAAAGGUGUCAGGGGCGGAUCCGAACUUAAAAGAAACAGGGAGCACGGUGUUUUGAUUGACAAUGGAGGUAACUGAGGAGCAGGCGUCACAAGACAGGUUCUGGGACUGUAACACAAGCACCCCGAUGCACAAUUGCACGGAACGUUUGCUGGAGUACCCCACGCCAGAGGCUAUCGCCGUUCCGUGCGUCUUCGCUGUCAUCCUGGUCGUCGGCCUGAUUGGAAAUCUGCUGCUCAUUUUGUCGUUCGCGCAGCACAAGUCUUUAACCACGACGCAUAACAUGUUGGUGGUCAACCUGGCCUCCGGCGACUUCAUCUUCCUGAUCGUCUCCCUCCCUUUCAACUCGAUUUGGUACACGCUCUCCUACUGGCCCUUCGGUCUGGUGCUGUGCAAGUUGAGCUUCUUCGCGGAGAGCCUGGCCACCACUGUCGUGGUCGCGACGCUGUCGGUGCUAAGCGUGGAGAGGUGUCUGAUAGUCAUGGGGAAAAAGCUGUGGCGUCAUCAGCGAAGGGAGCCCAUCCUCUUGACGUUGGGCAUAUGGGCUUUGGCCAUUGCCGUCUCCAUGCCGACGCUCCUGUCCGCCACGAUCAGCUCCACGACGUCCAGCGAGAAGUACGUCAAGCAGGUGUGCAGCAUCUACGACACCAAGUGGGGGAUGCUCUACGUGAAAAUCCACGUCGGACUUCGAUUCGUCAUCUUGUUUUGUCUCCCUUUGCUGGUCAUCGCCGUGGCCUACUCAGUUAUAGCAGUACACCUGCUUCUCAGAGCGUUUCCGUUAUCAGACAGAAGGCGCCUGGCGGGUAAUCAAAACUCCAAAUACCAAAACUCCAUUAAGUCUGAACUAAAAGGGCAAGACCCGAAUAGCCCCAAAAAGCAACAAGAGGUGAAUCAUAAGCCAGAGGAGGACAUUACCACUGGAAACGGUAUAGAAGACAACACCGCAAAGUCCAAAGAAUGUCUUAUUGAUCCCAAAAGCAAGGUUGGAACUCGAAACCACACAAGCACGGAAAAGAGUACUAUCGAUCGUAAACCGUCAUCGGAAAUCAGCCAGUCCACUCAAGUGUGCCCCAACAGCUUCGUCUACACAGGACCUAUUCCCACAAUGGAUGUACCGUACCAGCGUAAAACGAUCGCAAGCGACACGACGGGAAAACCUGAAGAUACAAAUAACACACUGUCCCCGACGGCCUCUCCCAAGCUAUCGAAAGAGACGACCCCUCUGACGACAGAGGUGAGGCUAGUGGGGACCAAGUUCGCCCAGCCCGGUCGUCCGCAGUCAAUGGUCAACAAACGACGCCGACUGGCCCUGACAGUUCUCAUGCUCAUUCUGGCGUUCGCUCUUUGCUGGACCCCAAGGCACGCAUACUUCCUCUGGUACUUCCUUCACCCCAACGGAUCUUACAACAGUUUCUGGCACAUCUUCCAGAUAGUUGCGUUCUGUCUCUCCUUCUCCAACUCAGCGGUCAACCCACUGGUCUUUUAUAUCCUAGACAACAAGUUUCGGUCAUACGUCCACUCGUCCCUGUGCGCUAUCUGCUGGAAAUGCUGCAAGCGCGGCCAGGCCCCGGGCACAGAGGCUAUCAUUACGCUUGGGGAGCGAGACUACAACGCCACUGUGGCGCCCACCAAAUCGAAAGAGAGCGUAACGCAGCUUUAAUAGAGAAAAAAAAAAAGCGACUUUAGGGACAAUAAACUUUUGCGGUCACACACCGGUAUAAGUGGGAUCAAUACGUCCGAAACAAAUCACUAUGCUAACAAAAGCCAUAGAUAAAAAUCAUUUGUGCAAAUCGGACAAAGCUCAAUAGACCGGAUACUGACUUUUAUUGAUCGCCUGGAACUAAUCACUGUAGAAAUCGAAUCGAUUUCAGACUUUCUGCUAUCAGUCAAGUUUUUCGAAGUGCUCUCCCCUAGCAUAAAGAUAGCUAUUGAAAAAAAAAAGUUAUUUUUAGCUCACGACAGAAUUCAACCAUCAUAAAACUAGCAGACCUACUGACAACUGCAAUACACAAACUAAAGCCAAAAGUUUUAUUAAAUCUAGCUUGUUCUGAUUACUUGAGCAACCCAACACCUUCAACUUUACAAAUACUCUACUUUACAAAUACAGUUAUUUAGCAGUAAUAUCGUUGUUCAAAUACUGUACAGCUUCUUUGUAAAAACGAUGGGACUAUUUGUGUUACCGACUACUUUUUUGAUGUAUAUAUCAUGCGUUACAUACUUCAUUCUAUUAAUAUACAAACUCUUAAAACUUUCUUUUGAGUUGAAUCAAAUAUGGUAUAAGCUUAUAUGGAAAUGUUAAGGAACGAAGGAGUAUCUGCAGCAUUCAUUAUGAUAUUAACUUUAAAAAGUUGAACUAUCGAGGGGGCGUUGCGUACAAUUUUAAUCCAAAUCGGAGCUUAAAUUUGCCGUUGUGGAACGCCAUCACUUAAACCAGCUACAGCUAGAUGGAUUUUAGGCGGUCUCUUUGUGAACAGCGCCACCUAGAGGCAUCUUAGGCUGUACCUUUGUGAACAGCGCCACCUAGAGGCAUUUUAGGCUGUACCUUUGUGAACAGCGCCACCUAGAGGCAUUUUAGGCUGUACCUUUGUGAACAGCGCCACCUAGAGGCAUCUUAGGCUGUACCUUUGUGAACAGCGCCACCUAGAGGCAUCUUAGGCUGUACCUUUGUGAACAGCGCCACCUAGAGGCAUCUUAGGCUGUACCUUUGUGAACAGCGCCACCUAGAGGCAUUUUAGGCUGUACCUUUGUGAACAGCGCCACCUAGAGGCAUUUUAGGCUGUACCUUUGUGAACAGCGCCACCUAGAGGCAUCUUAGGCUGUACCUUUGUGAACAGCGCCACCUAGAGGCAUCUUAGGCUGUACCUUUGUGAACAGCGCCACCUAGAGGCAUCUUAGGCUGUACCUUUGUGAACAGCGCCACCUAGAGGCAUUUUAGGCUUUACCUUUGUGAACAGCGCCACCUAGAGGCAUUUUAGGCUGUACCUUUGUGAACAGCGCCACCUAGAGGCAUUUUAGGCGGUCUCUUUGUGAACAACACCACCUAGAGGCAUCUUAGGCUGUACCUUUGUGAACAGCGCCACCUAAUAACAUUUUAGGUCGUUUCAGAGUGAACAGCGCCACCUAGAAGCAUUAUAGGUCGUCUCAUUAUGAACAGGGUCAACUUGAGGCAUUUUAGGCCGUACCAUUGUGAACAGCGCCACCUAGAGGCAUUAUAGGUCGUCUCAUUAUGAACAGCGCCACCUACUUGUGUUUAACCAAGGACAACUUCAACAAAAUUUCAUUUAACGUGCUGAUACUAAUGAUCCUAGAAGCAAUAUUUACAAUAUGUUUUCAUUUGUUAUGUAUACCAUGUUCGGUCAACCCGCAACCCCAUGGGAUAGACAUACGGAUAUUAAAAGGCUUAAGAUACAUUUCAAGCGAGGGAAAUAAUUCUAACCAAACUGUGGUUAUCUUUCAUGGAAGAUGGCAUUUAAGUCCUUUCGUGUUCAUAAGAUUGAUAUCUUCAGUAAUAAUCGUUAUAGACAGGGCAAGGGUCCCUAACCCCGAACACUUUCAUUAACCUAUUAUAAAAUUAUAAUCAAUUUAAUAAUUAAUUUUAUGAUUUGUUUUGUUCCAUUUAGCUUCCAUGUAAUGGAGAAUGUAAGAGCGCCCUCUAGGGACUAGCUCGCUUGCGUUAGCCAGUAUCCAUUAGCCAAGGUGGUGUCAUGAUGUCCAGAGAUGAGAGGUUGGACACAUGAAGAAAGCUGCUCAAGACAGUUGUAGACAGUUGAAGACAGUUAAAGGCAGUUGGAUGAUCAACAAACGUCAUUUCUGAAUUUAUGUGUUAUUUUUUUGGUUUCAAUAUUAUUUUGUGACCAUUUUUUUUCUCGUUCAUAUGUCAUGGAGCAGACGUAAAAUCUCUCAGCGAAGUUGCCAACCUCGUUUUCAGAAUGUCACAUGAUAAGCGCGUGACGCCGCUACAUGCUGGCUACAACAAUAUGUUAUAGUGAUAGUUUUUGUCAGCAUUAUUUCAUACGGAACCAGGCUGGCCAGAUUUACUGCAGUUCAGAGAGUCAGUGCUAGAUCCUCUUAUAGAAAACACAAGUUAAGGAUGGGUCAUCCCCCCAUGAAGAUGGUUCCAUAGAUAUCUACAACCAUUUUGAAGAAUACGCUUUUAAAAAAUAACCUAAUGUUGAUUACAAGGGGGCCCCUUAACGUCAAUAGCUUAGGGCCUUAUCACGUCUAAAUCCUGUCUCACAGACAAUGUAUCCGCACAGGGCCUCACUUUAAAUGAAGGUCCACCGACAAAUUAAAAUGUAAAAAUAUUGUUUAAUGUAUAUACUUUAAAAACAUAAAAUAUAAAAAAGAAGGACAAAUAUAUUCAAAAGUACAUGUACCUAUUACGCGUCAUUCACCUUUGUAUUAAUUAGCGCUAUCUUGUUAAAGUCAGAGUCGGCCAUCCACUACUAGAUUGUCAAAUCCAGCUCUGGUCAUAAAUGUAUUAACCUAUCGUUUGUCCAUACAAAAUUCAUUGUAAACAUUUAUAUAUAGUCAAAUACGGUUAAUCGGAGAAGCCGGAUAUUGGGGCCUGGUCAAUGGCAUUACUGUGUGGUAUAAAUUACCAGAGCAGACAGCAUAAUAUCAAUCGUUUUGUGUUUUCCAUGUGGUUAAGAACAUUAUUAAUGUAUAUUUGUAAUUAUAUUUUGUUACCUUUUGUUAUAUAUUGUUACAUGCCUCUAUUGUUGAUGUGAAAAUUAAUACGUUUGUCAGGACAACUCAAUGAUAAUUUUUUAGUCUUAAAAAUGGUUUAUAUACAGCCGUUUCAUUAUAUAAUUUGUUGUAAUGCGCAUAAUCAAUACCUUACCUUUACCUAUCCCUUAGUCUGUUGGACCGUUGGGGCACCAGGCAAGAUUUGUCGACCGUCUUUCUCCAUUCCUCCCUUUUUUUUUGCCUUGUUUAGAACCUCUCUCAACGGCAGGCCCGUCCAUUCUUUAAUGUUGUCCUCCCAUCGCUUUUUCUGUCUGCCUCUUCUUCUUUUCCUGGCACUGUUCCCUGAAGGAAGGUCUUUGCGAGCCCCGUUGAUCUUGUAAUGUGGCCAAAGGUUUUAAGCUUUCGUCUUUUUACAAUAGUUAGCAGGUCGUCAUGGGCUCCGAUCGCUACAGUAACCCUGUCUCUAAUCUCUUGGUUUGUGAUGCGGUCUUUGAAUGUAAUGCCUAGGAUCCUUCUGUAGCAUCUCAAUUCCAUUGAAAGGAUCCUCCUCUCAAGCUCUGCAUUCAACGUCCACGACUCGCAAUCAUAUAAAAAUGUGGCCAUGACCAGAGAGCGCAUCAGUCUGAUUUUGGUGCCGAGGGCUAAGCCCUUAUCUUUCCAUAUUAUUUUAAGUUUUGAAAGGGCUGCUGUGGACUGUGCUAUUUGGGCCAAUAGUUCGGGUUUUGUCCCCUCACCUGAGACAAUUGCUCCGAGGUAUUUGAAGCUGUUAACACUAGUUAGCUUUUCACCUCCAAUACUGAUGCCUCUUUUAAAGCCCUGAUGGCUAUUGGUCAUAAUUUGAGUUUUUUCGGCAUUUAUUUGCAUGCCAUAUGCUGCGGAAGUCUUGUCAAUGCGCAUCACCAGGUCAGCUAGUUCUUCUUCUGUCCCUGCUAGGCCAUCAAUAUCAUCUGCGAAGCGCAAGUUAGUAAUUCUUCUUCCUCCAAUGCUAACAGUACCUUCAUAGCCCUCGAGGGCAUCUUCCAUUAUCCUUUCAAGGAAGAUAUUGAAGAGUGUUGGUGACAGUAGGCAGCCUUGUCUUACUCGAGUAUGGCACGGAGCACUCUGGGCGACAAUGGAAAAGUACAACAUUAAUAAAAACAUAAUCAAAGUUAUCCAGAACCUCUACAAGGAUGCCACCAGUGCGGUGUACUUCAACAAUAAUAUUGGGGACUGGUUCAAAACCACAGUUGGAGUAAUCAAUACACGUAACGCUCAACCCUGAGGAAAAAUCAGCAGCCGGAAAUUGUAGGCAGUUUGCAGCACACAGUACUACACCAUGUCAGAACCUGCGACGCUAAUGACCCCCCCCCCCCCCAAAAAAAAAAAUAAAAUAAAUCGGGUAUUUUCCGUUUAUUUGGACACAUCGGCUGCGUGGUAAAAGGGGGUGGGGAGGGGGCUGCUUUGUUGGUGACCUCGUGCCAACUAUCCCAGGCUUUUUAUUCUUUUAAGGAAGGGGGGAUAAAUCAGCCAUUAUUUAUGAAUGUAUUUCUUCUCAUUUUUCUAUAUUCGAUAUCGUUUUUUUUUUCUAAAUCUUAAAUAAGACUAAAGGGCAACCAUUAUGUAAUGUACAAAUACCGAAGUGCAGACAAUCUCUGUAACCAACACUCAUAGGUACAGGCUGAUCUUGUCCGAGCCCUUUGCAGUUUAGAAUCUAACUAAAGAUUCUAAUCUGAUCUGUGUGGCUUGUUUCAAUUUUCACCAGAUAUGUUUUACAUCACGUGACUUUCUCUGACUUUUCCAAAUGUUUAACUAUCUUUUCAAUCGUUUUGAAUAGUGCACACCUUUUCAGACACAGUGUUUAAUUUACUAGACGGAGUACAGCAAGAAGUGUUAUCUUUUGUCGCGAAUGGAAUAUAUCUGAGGAUUAAAGCCUCUUGAGCCUCUGCUAACAUUAGGCGUAAACCUCAAACGGCACAGAGUGUUCACUUCUGUGAGUGUCUGCCGAGGUUCGAACCCUUCUGAAUCCCUUGACCAGAUAGAAGGAUUUUACUCACAGGCCAGGAUAAUGUAAAGGCCAGGAAUGUAAGAUGUCUCCUCACCGACUUCUCCGAUAAGCAUUUAAUAGCAUUCGUUGUUUGGGUUCACGACCCCUUGAGCCCUACUUGGGUUUUUCCAUCCCAGCGAGGCUGGAUGCAGAUCUCCUCCCCGUGUUCUUACCUGAAUCGUUGUAAAAGAUCAGUCAUCGUGAGCGUGCGGCCCCUGUCAAGAAACGGCUUGACGGACGGGACGAUCUUGUGUAGCCUAUCUUUCCUUUUCACCAGGUGGAAUGUCUGUCAGAGCAUGCUGUGCUGUUGGAGCCCACCUGAAGACCCGGUUUCAUCCCAGUUAGCUUGUCUGCGUUACGUGUAGCUUGAUCUGGAUCUGUUCUCUUAUUA